AUGUCCCUCGUCCGUUGUUUAUCCCUCAGGUCGGUGCUUAACGCUCGCCGUUACCGAUCCUCUUACCCUUGUCACAUCCUUGUUCAGUCUCGUCGUGCUGAAAAAGAAGAAGACGCUCCUCGCCAAUUUCCAGAAAUUCGAAGUUACCACAGCUUCAUUCUCCACCGGAGCUCGUUAAUUGGUGGCUGCUCGGGUUUCGAUCGCAGUCGCUGUCCCUUCCAAUCUCCAGCGAUUGCUUCCUGCCGAACCAUUUCCACCUUCAAUUUCUCUGGCUCAAGUGGCACCGUUGAAAUCCUCGCCGAUUGGAUUCUGAAAUCUGCGGUUUCUAAUGUCUAUGCGUUGCACAAUGUUGCUGAUGCUCUUGCUUCUCUUCAACACUUGAUUGCUUCGCUUCAUUCUCUCACAUUUUCGCAAUGGUAA